UUCAACAAGGUGACGCCGCGGGUUCUCUUCAGGAAGGGGCGGAGCGUGGGUAGGGGCAGGCUCAGGUUCUUAUGAAAGUGGUGACUGCCUGGAGUUACUGUUUACCAUGGAGGCGAACGGGCUGGUACUCCAGAGUUUUCCGGAGCUGAAGAAUGACACGUUCCUGCGAGCCGCUUGGGGAGAGGAAACAGACUACACUCCCGUUUGGUGCAUGAGACAGGCAGGCCGCUACUUACCAGAGUUUAGGGAAACCAGGGCUGCCCAGGACUUUUUCAGCACUUGCCGCUCUCCUGAGGCCUGCUGUGAACUGACUCUGCAGCCACUGAGACGCUUCCCUCUGGAUGCUGCCAUCAUCUUCUCUGACAUCCUUGUUGUACCCCAGGCACUGGGCAUGGAGGUGACCAUGGUACCUGGCAAAGGACCCAGCUUCUCAGAGCCAUUAAGAGAAGAGCGGGACCUAGAACGUCUACGGGAUCCAGAAGUAGUGGUUUCAGAGUUGGGCUAUGUGUUCCAGGCCAUCACCCUUACCCGACAACAGCUGGCUGGGCGUGUGCCACUGAUUGGUUUUGCUGGUGCUCCGUGGACCCUGAUGACAUAUAUGGUUGAGGGUGGCAGCUCAAGCACCAUGGCUCAGGCCAAGCGAUGGCUCUACCAAAGGCCUCAGGCUAGUCACAAGCUGCUUCGCAUUCUCACUGAUGCUCUGGUCCCCUAUCUAGUAGGACAAGUGGCUGCUGGUGCCCAGGCAUUGCAGCUCUUUGAGUCCCAUGCUGGGCAUCUUGGCUCAGAGCUCUUCAGCAAGUUUGCACUGCCCUACAUCCAUGAUGUGGCCAAGCGAGUAAAGGCCGGGCUGCAGAAGGCAGGCCUGGCACCCGUGCCUAUGAUCAUUUUUGCUAAGGAUGGACAUUUUGCUCUAGAAGAGCUGGCCCAGGCUGGCUAUGAGGUGGUUGGGCUUGACUGGACAGUGGCUCCAAAGAAAGCCCGGGAGCUUGUGGGGAAGACGGUGACCUUGCAGGGCAACCUGGAUCCCUGUGCCUUGUAUGCAUCUGAGGGACAGUGCCCUCUUGGUCUUCCAGGAGGAGAUUGGUCGGUUGGUGCAGCAGAUGCUGGAUGACUUUGGGCCCCAACGCUACAUUGCCAACCUAGGCCAUGGGCUUUACCCUGACAUGGACCCAGAACAUGUAGGAGCCUUUGUGGAUGCUGUGCACAAACAUUCACGUCUGCUUCGACAGAAUUAAGUAUAUGCCUUUUCGCUCAAAUAUCACUAAUACAGAUUGUUUCCAGGAGAAUAAAAUUUCCAGGGUUAAAGUCUAGAAUGUUA